UUAAAGGUCAAGUCUCAUGUUCAGAGAUGGAGAGAGGUGCUGUAGACAGUCCAUCUGAGACCCCGUAGAUCUCAGACAGGAAGUGAUGUACCUUAUUUCCAGUUUUAGUUGUUUUUUUUUUCCAAAUUGAACUUCAGUUCUAUUCCUGAACAUUAUUCAACUUUAGAGACUAAACAGUGUGGUACAAUAAACAGACAAAGGUCAGAGGUCAAAUCUGGACUAAAUUAUGUUCAGACCUGUUUUAGAGGUAGAUACACUAAUAGUAGCUCACUUUAGUUAGCUUCAGCUAAAGCUAGCAUACAGUAGCUACACUAGCUACAUCACUAAAGUUACUACAUUAGCCAAUGGUCUCAUUUUAAAUGAUCAGAUAUGAUUUCACACUAAAAACACUAAAAACUAUCAACACAUUCAGAUUUAGUCUCCUGCUCUCUCAUUGGUCCACGCUGCUGAUGUCAUAAACCAAUCACAGGGGGCAGAAACAAAAACCAACCCUGGUAGACUUCCUGUCAGGAGGCCAGGAGGCAUCCCAGACGUAGUCUCGGGCCAAGUUCACUAUGACUCAUAGUUCACUAUGGAUUUACAGGACCCUGAUACCCCAGGACUGCUGGAUCAGGUUUUCAUGAUAGAGUCUGACCUCCUUUGAAAAACCACAGUGACAAUAAAAACCAGUAAAAAAGUUUUAUUCAAAGAUCAAUAACAUGGAUGUGAUUAGAGAAUAUAAAUAAAUAAAUAAAUAAUAAAAAUAUGAUCGAACGCCAUUGAUGUGUUGGAUUCUCACGUUUGUGGAUUACUGUUGAUUGAUUGAGUCUUUAUGUUCCACCAUGAAUAUUGAUUUAUUGAUUUAUUCUUUAUUGAUGGGUUCGUUUCCCUCAGCCACGCCCUGGAGUCCUACACUGCCCUGCCCUACAACCAGAGGACUCCCUGCCCCCCCAACCCCAUCAACCGCCCCGCCUACCAGGGCAGCAACCCCAUCAGUGACGUGUGGUCCCGCCACGCCCUCAACGUGCUCGCCAAGUACAUGAAAAGAGCGGUGCGUGACCCUGAGGAUCUGGAGGCUCGCUCCAGCAUGCAUCUGGCCAGUGUGUUCGCUGGUAUUGGUUUUGGAAACGCCGGAGUUCAUCUGUGCCAUGGGAUGUCGUAUCCGAUCGCCGGGAACGUAAAGACUCACUCUGCUAAGGGUUACAGCAUAGAGCACCCCCUGGUGCCUCACGGUCUCUCAGUCGUCCUCACGUCUCCAGCUGUCUUUAACUUCACUGCUCCCAUGUGUCCAGAGCGCCACCUGGAGGCUGCAGAGAUCCUCGGUGCAGAUAUCUCUCAGGUGAAGAGGGCGGAUGCUGGUCCAGUUCUGGCUGACACCCUUCGUCAGUUCCUGUUUGACCUCCAGGUGGAGGACGGUCUGGAGGCGGUGGGUUACAGUAAAGAGGACGUCCCGGCUCUGGUCAAAGGAACCAUUCCUCAGGAGCGAGUGACCAAACUGUCUCCCCGGGAGCACACAGAGGAGGACCUGAGCCUCCUGUUUGAAGCCUCCAUGAAGCUCUACUGACCAAUCAGAAUGCCUUAAACUGACCCUAGGUCAGCUCUACCACCUGAUAGUGAUCUCAGGUCUGCAGUUCCUCUAACAGCCACUAGAUGGAGCUGUCUGCCAUCCUCAGACCGCCGUCCUCAGACCAGCUCCUCCUCAGAGCUGUUGGCCUGCUGUGUUUCUGUUUGUAGAAUCAUUAGUCAGGAUGAAUGUUUGAUCAGUUCUCUGUAUCUCUGCUGCUCCUGGACUAACAACCAAUAAAGACUGAUUGAUUGAU